UCACCUUUUGUAGUUAAUCAUUUUUUAUUACAGAAAUUUGGUGACCUAAAUGAAGCUAAGUACCCAAUGAACAUAGUUACUGGAAUAACAUCAUUCAUCAAAAUACAACCAGCAAAGCCAUCACGUGAGGAGAAGCGACAAACAGGACUGCAAAAGAAGAGGGAUCGAGAGGAUGAGACGAAGAAAGAAGAAUUAUUAAAAUUGAAAGCAGAGGAGCUGAAAAGACGCAACGAGGAAAGGAUGAGGCGGGUACAGGAAGCUCGUGAAGAAAGAGAGCGUAAGGCUAUAGAAGCAAAGGAAGAACAAGACAGAGAUAGAAAGAACAGAGAGGAGCGACUAAGAGAACAGUUGCACAGAAAGCAGCAACUUCUUGCUAAGAAACGUGCAGAAGAGGCUAGAGUUAAGAAGAUUAAAGAACGGGUAGGUUUAAGCAGUAACCUUAGAAAUUAAAUUAUUAACAGCUGU